AUGUCCCAGGAUAGAGAUAUAUCGUCGUUGAUAAUAAAUCAAACAUUUAAGAUCUAUAAAUCCAAUUCAUCACUAUCGUCAUCUAUAAAACUCACUAAAAAACAAUUGGAGAAAUUUCGAAUAACCCUAUGUAAAUACUUGUACCAAAGAUAUCAACAAACUUUACAAAUAGAAGAUGAUUUACUAGUUCAAUAUGAAUUAUAUCGUGAUAUUGUACCUGAACUCACUAUUUAUAACAAUUCAAUUGAAGAGCAUUCACAGUAUAAAAUCCAAUAUCUAAUAAUCAAAUGUGCCAAUAAUCGAUUGAUAUCUCGUCAAGUGUUCAUAUUUGUUAGUAAUGAUGAUGAUUUCACUUUGGUAUUGAAUAGAAUUACCAAUCACCCUAGCAUAAAUGAAUAUAUUUUGGAAUUAUUAGAAGAUAUUAAUGAUUAUCCAUUGAUUAUAAAACCACUUGAUUUACCUGAUUAUCUAAUACCCAACUUGGUGGAUCAAUUGGGUAAUAAGUUGGAUUCUUUGGGUGAUUUACAAUUAGUAUAUUCAUCUUCUACAUCUAAUAGGUUGAGAAAUUUUAUAAUUGAUAUUCCGAAAAACGAUUUACCAAAAUUGUCUAGUGAUGGGAAAUUAUAUCAAGAUAUUGUUAAAUUCAUGUAUAAUAAUACCAAAAUAAAAUUUGAAAAAUUAAGAAUAGAAAAAUUUAUUAAUAAUUUAAUUAAUAUUGCUAGUGAUGGGAAAUUUAAAUUAAUAAUUAAUGAUAAUCAAUUAAUUUGGUUUUUGAUUGAAUCUAUAAAAUCAUCUUUACAAUAA